AUGUGUAUUAAAAACAUGGCCUUUCUCAAACCCCAUCUCCGUCGAAAAUCGAGCGAGCGAUCACGACCAGAAAGCCUGGGUACGAGCGUGAGGCAUCGUAAAUCAGAAUCUAGUCCGUCACGGACCGCCUCAGUGCCGGAUACGGAGAAGAAAUCCGAAAUCGAUGUUGAAGUGGAACAUUUGUUCCAACAGGCAACGGAUACAAACAGAGGCCAUACUUCUGAUCAACGCGAAGAUCCAAAAGAAGACUCAUCUCUGCUGCAUAAACUGAUGAGACGCAAGGAUCCUAACUCUAAAUCGACCGGCCUAACGGUAGGAAUUAGAAGAUCCUUUUCCCAGCGAGUGCGUCCGAAAUGGUCAAAUGAACCGAAGCCUGUCGACGAUACAGUCACACGAGGUAGUUCUCUGGAUUUCGCCAGCGAGACCGGUUACGACAGUGAUGCAGCAUUCAUCACUAGCCCACGUUUCUCUGAGCAAAGCUGGGAUUCUAGACCCCAUUCAAGCCCGUUUACCCUGGACAGAACGAUGACCUCGUUGAACCACGUGCUGGCGGAUGAUAUGAAAAUACGGCCGGGUUUUAACGAUGAUAACGAAGCUAUCGUCUUGCCAUCUACAAGGCACCUACCUAAUGUUCUCUCGAUUUCUAAAAGAAGAAGGGGGAAAACUGAGCAUCCUGUCGACAGGAACGGUCGAUGUUCUCGAUGGGUACCAAGUAUUCAUCUCAGUAGUGAAGGUGAAAGACCAAAAGAAACCCCUGCGCUUACCAAGAGCGUUCCAAAGAAGAGCCGCUUCAUGGAAUUAUUGGACCAUCCCGGAUUACAAGGCAAAGCCUCAAUUCAACAACCUCGGAAAGUGAGCAUUGGGUGGAUGUCGGAGGGCAAACGUUGUGGAUAUGGGUAUUCUUUUGUCGACAAGGAUGAGAACCACGCUUCUGGUGCUACGGAUGGGCCGGGUGAUAAUUCACUUGAGACUGAAGAGAGAAAGUCAGUUGCCGAUGAUGACGACGCGAGCAAUGCUUCCUUUACUACUGCGGUACCGGCAGACAACUUGUCUGAGACUGAAUCUGGGUCGGGUACAGAUGCAACAUUAGUCGAUAACGGUCGAGGUGCUUCGCUUCGCCAGUCAACUGUCGAGGCUUUUUCUGAGCUAGAAGACAAAGAUUCUAUUCAAGUGCCUGAAAAGGUGCCCGAAAAGAAUCUUAGCCAGUCGAAUGCCAAGGAUUCCUCUAAGCCUGACUUCGUAUCAUCUUCCUAUCGACGACAACGAUGGACCUUGUUCCCUAGCUAUACCAGAGCCGAGAGAAACAAAGUGACAGAUCCCAAUGAUGCAGUUAUUGUCCGGGACUUCUGCCCCAAAGCGUCUCCAGACAGACCUCAGCGGGAAGAUAAUGACGACGAAAAGAAACACGAUCUGGUGGUCAAAGCUAUUCGUCAAGGCUUCCACGACACCUUUCUCUGGGUGAUCGGUCUCGGCAAACGUGAAAUAGCACGAUACCAUGCCGGAUUUCAGGUGCAAGCAGCUCGAUCUCACGAAAACGUUGACCUUAUAUUUGAACCGACAGUUCCCUUUUGGGACCAUGUUCCAAAAGAGGAAUUGGGAGAUUAUCACAUUGAAGCCUGGCGAGCGGCGAAGCGUCGACCGAAGAAGCGAUCCCGUAAUUUGAGAAAGUUUAGAGUGUCGGUUACUCAUAAUUUUGAUGCUGCUAGCAAAAAACGAAAGAGGUCGAUGCCGUCGCCUCCGUCUUCGUCGUUGAGCCAAAAAUUUCGAGAAGAUAUCCGUUGUGAACUUGAGAAUGGUACGAAGUAUGUUGGCAGGAGGCACAGUGCAAAGUUUUGA